CCGGGGCGGGGCCACCGCCCUCAAAGCCGCCGCCGGCGGCGGGACGCGGGCAGAGCCCGAGCGGGUCUGCGCGGUGGUUGCGCGGGGGCUGCGCAGGGGCUGCGCGGAGCGGGCGCCGGCGGCAGCACCAUGGAGAGCGGCGCCGCGGGGCGCCUGGACGCCGCCGCCUUUCUGAGCGCCUGGAGACGCUUCGACGCCGACGACAACGGUUACAUAGAAGGGAAGGAGCUUGACAAUUUUUUUCACCAUCUCCUGGAGAAACUGGGACCAGAGAACACCAUCACAGAAGAAAAAGUUCAGAGGAUGAAGGAGCAAUUCAUGUCUGCCCAUGAUGCCACCACUGACGCACGCUUUGAAAUCCAAGAGCUUGCAAAUAUGGUCUUGCCGGAUGAUGAGAACUUUCUGCUGCUUUUCCGACGGGAAACUCCCUUGGACAACAGCGUGGAAUUCAUGCGGAUCUGGCGCAGUUACGAUGCUGACAGCAGUGGAUUUAUUUCAGCUGGCGAGCUCAAAGAUUUCCUGCGAGACCUCUUUUUGCAGCAUAGCAAGGUGGUUGCUGAAGCAAAGCUGGAAGAAUAUACUGAUACCAUGAUGAAAAUCUUUGACAAAAACAAAGAUGGACGGCUGGACCUGAAUGACCUGGCAAGGAUUCUGUCACUCCAGGAAAAUUUCCUUCUUCAAUUUAAAAUGGAUGCUUGCAGCACAGAAGAAAGGAGGAGAGAUUUUGAGAAGAUCUUUGCACACUACGAUGUUAGUAAAACGGGAGCACUUGAAGGCCCAGAAGUGGAUGGGUUUGUCAAAGACAUGAUGGAACUGGUCAAGCCCAGCAUUAGCGGGGUGGACCUGGACAAGUUCCGCCAGAUCCUGCUCAACCACUGCGACGUGAACAAGGACGGGAAAAUUCAGAAAUCUGAACUAGCUUUGUGUCUCGGGCUUAAAAUGAAUCCAUAGCUGGGAGAGUGCUCGUGGUUGUGUUUCCCUUGUGAGAUUUGCCUGCUGCUCCUCGUAGAAGUGUGUCCGUGCUGCUGGGCAAGUGGUGGGGAGCAGGGGCACUGCACUGCCAUGCUGGACUGCGGCUGCAUGAAGAUGUAGCACAACUGGAUUUGCACAUGAGGGUCUCCCUGCUCCCUUUGUGGUUUUUGCUUCCUGCCACCACUUGUGGGUCCUCUUAGCACUGUCUCUGCCCAUGAGCAGAUGAGCUGUUCAGAAAACGGCUUGCUGUUCUUCUCCUGCCCCUGUGAAAUGCUGCCCUGCCCGUUCCCUAGGAUAGGGACAAGCAUCUCCUUAAAAAUGCCCCAUCAGUGCUCUCAGAGUGCAGCUACAAGGUGUUUUUGAUGGUCACCCUAUGCAUGAAGUCAUUACUUUGGUGAGCAUCGUGCUUUGUUCGUGCAUUUAAAAUACUGGAUGGCCAACAGUGUAUUUGUGCAGAAAUAAUAAUAAUAAUAAAAAAGGUAGUUACAGAAA